AUGGAGCUCGGGGGCCCCGGGGCGCCGCCGCCGCCGCUGCCGGCGCUGCUGCUGCUGCUGGGGGCCGGCUUCCUGCCCGUGAGCAGCCACGUGGAGACCCGGGCCCACGCAGAGGAACGGCUGCUGAAGACGCUUUUCUCUGGCUACAACAAGUGGUCCCGGCCCGUGGCCAACAUCUCCGACGUGGUCCUCGUCCACUUCGGGCUGUCCAUCGCGCAGCUCAUUGACGUGGAUGAGAAGAACCAGAUGAUGACCACCAACGUGUGGGUGAAGCAGGAGUGGCACGACUAUAAGCUGCGCUGGGACCCUGCCGAUUACGAGAACGUCACCUCCAUCCGCAUCCCCUCUGAGCUCAUCUGGCGGCCGGACAUCGUCCUCUACAACAAUGCGGACGGGGACUUUGCGGUCACCCACCUGACCAAGGCCCACCUCUUCUACGACGGGCGGGUCCAGUGGACACCCCCCGCCAUCUACAAGAGCUCGUGCAGCAUCGACGUCACCUUCUUCCCGUUCGACCAGCAGAACUGCACCAUGAAGUUCGGGUCCUGGACGUACGACAAGGCCAAGAUAGACCUGGUGAGCAUGCACAGCCGCGUGGACCAGCUGGACCUGUGGGAGAGCGGCGAGUGGGUCAUCGUGGACGCCGUGGGCACCUACAACACCAGGAAGUACGAGUGCUGCGCCGAGGUCUACCCGGACAUCACCUACGCCUUCGUCAUCCGGCGCCUGCCGCUCUUCUACACCAUCAACCUCAUCAUCCCCUGCCUGCUCAUCUCCUGCCUCACCGUGCUCGUCUUCUACCUGCCGUCGGAGUGCGGCGAGAAGAUCACGCUGUGCAUCUCCGUGCUGCUCUCGCUCACCGUCUUCCUGCUGCUCAUCACCGAGAUCAUCCCCUCCACCUCGCUGGUCAUCCCGCUCAUCGGCGAGUACCUGCUCUUCACCAUGAUCUUCGUCACGCUGUCCAUCGUCAUCACGGUCUUCGUGCUCAACGUGCACCACCGCUCGCCGCGCACGCACACCAUGCCCGCCUGGGUCCGCCGGGUCUUCCUGGACGUCGUGCCCCGCCUGCUCUUCAUGAAGCGGCCGUCCGUGGUCAAGGACAACUGCAGGCGGCUCAUCGAAUCCAUGCACAAGAUGGCCAGCGCCCCAGGCUUCUGGCCCGAGCCCGAGGGGGAGCCCGGCGUCCCGAGCGGAACCCAGAGCCGGGGCCCCUCGCGCUCCCCGUCCUUCUGCGGCCCCGUGGAUGAGCCGGCCAAGUCCCCGCCGGCCUGCAAGUCGCCCUCGGGCCAGGCCCCUGCUCUGCGGCCCUCAGAGGCGGAGGAAGCGAGCCCCCGCCCCUCGCCUGACUCCUGCCGCCCCCUCACCAAAGCCCGGUCCCUGAGUGUCCAGCACGUGUCCGGCCCUCCCGAAGGGGCGGAGGACGGCGUCCGCUGCCGGUCCCGGAGCAUCCAGUACGGCGGUCCCCAGGACGCCGCCGCCUCUGAAGCUGGGGGCCCCGUGGCCGGCUCCCCCGCCUUGCUCCAGGCCAGCUCGGCCGAGCUCCCGGCCCCAGAGCAGCCCUCUCCCUGCAAAUGCAGGUGCAAGAAGGAGCCGUCCCCGAGCGCCGUGCCCAAAGCCCGGGGCACCAAAGCGCCCCCCCGGCACCUGCCCCUGUCUCCGGCCCUGACGCGGGCGGUGGAGGGCAUCCAGUACAUCGCGGACCAUCUGAAGGCCGAGGACACAGACUUCUCGGUGAAGGAGGACUGGAAGUACGUGGCCAUGGUCAUCGACCGGAUCUUCCUCUGGGUGUUCAUCAUCGUCUGCCUGCUGGGGACCGCGGGCCUCUUCCUGCCCCCCUGGCUGGCUGGCAUGAUCUAGCGGGGCGGGGCGGGCACCCGCAGGCCCGGCGGCGGCUUGGGGAGGUCACCGGGGGUCUGGGUCCGGCCAUCCGGGGACUGCUAUGUUCUGUGGGGCCGCGCCAUCUGCCAAAUUGUCCCCCAGUUUCUGCGUCCUGCAGGGGGGCCUUGGCAAGGGCCACUGUCCCUGGGGGACCCUGCUGGCCUCUCGCCUGGACGGCCGAGUCCCGCCCACGUCUUAUUA